AUGCCUUCAAAGCGGAAAACUAUCGCGGUAGUGGCAGGUGCUGCGGCGGCUGUUGGAGCGGCGGCGUACUUUAUCAGGAGGCGGAGGCUUCUUAGUGAAGCAGAAGAUGAUGACGCCUUCACUGCGCCCAUAUUGUCUGGUGCCCAUGAGAAAUCCAAAGUGGAAGUAGGGAUGACAAAGAGCCCCGUGUGUAACGAUUUGUCUGUUGAGAACCAGCUGCUCGCGGAAGCGCUGAGGGAAAUCGGAGCGGAAAGCCCGAGGACCGGACCCGCUACUUCUACAGCGAGCGCAGCGGGGACGUCAAGCAAGGGAACUAUGGGGGAUCGUAAGGAAUUUCCCCAACUGGGCUUGUCGCUGACAGUCCCUUCUCCGUGGAAGGUUCGAGAGGAUCUAUCCCCAUUCCCGAACGUGGCGAUGCUUACUGUCUGGAACGAGGAACUAGUGACGGAGGAAGUGGCGCAACAGCCGGGAUCGGUACCGAUGAUUGUCCUGUCGGUGGAGGACGUCCGCGCAGAUAACGUCAACCUCGAUGAAUUUAAAGACCGCUGCAAAGAGCUGGCGGUAAGUCAGAUGAUGAUGAUGUCAGGUGGUGCUAUCGAGCCGAAAGUGUCAAAGAACACUUCUACGAAGGUGGGGCCGUUCCGGCAUAUGCUUGAGUAUUCGCAAAGUCUCCCUCCUUUCUGCGAUAUUGUUGUGCUUAACCUCAUUGAGGUGCGUGGAAGCGUCGCCUAUACAUUCCAAAUCAUGGGGUCACCUGAUGUGAUGCAGAGGUAUCGCUCCAUGUUUAUGGACAUAGCCAACAACGUGCGCAUAGAGAGCAAUAUAUCCACAGCCCUGGGAUAUGUGGAGCUGCUCACCGGCUCCGUGAAAGUAGACAUUGACACAACGUGGGUUUAUGAAUACCCUGGGGGAGAUGGCGCUCUAGCGGUGAUGACAACAACUUCACCCACAAAGAAGGAGGAAAUCGGCUUGUACCAUCAGGGUGGAGUCCCCGUUACCCCACACAAGCUGCGAAGUGAAAAGGUGAUGGAUGGCGUUGAGGUUCAAAUUGCUCUGGACGGCAAGCAGGAAAAAAAAACGUUCACUUACAAUGGCUAUUCGCUUGUCGUGAAGCCCUUGCAAAAAUCCAACUCGUAUUUAGACGAACAGAUGCUUGUAAGCAUCGUCAAGUCUGUCUCGCCCUCAACGGCAGAACCAAAGCCAAAGAAGGGAGGAACAUUCGUAAAUAAAGAACAUGGCUACCGUGUAAAUGUUGUGGGGGGGAGCCGCCUCGUGGCGAGUCGUAUUGGCGGGGGUUCCGUUGCGUACGCUCCGCAAGGAUUGGAUGGGGCUGAGGGCGGCGACCACCCGCCCACUGUAACUAUGCGUGUUGGGACUCCCGAAAAUGACCCCGAGUGCAUGGGAUCCGUUGAAGAAUGGGAGGCACGCAUGAGGCAAGAGGCGGAGGAGGGGGGUAUCCGAGACAUCGCCCGAACCACGGUAAACGGUGAGCCUUGUCUAACGUUUAUAUCGCAGAGCAUGGAGGAAAUCAUGCCAGGGCAGCGCAUGGAAAUCCGGGGAAAAGUUUUUAUCUUCGUUCGGGAGGGCAGGACGACAUUAAUACGGUGGGAAAUGGCGGUGGGCCUCUGGAAGAAGUUCGAGCGUGACAUGAACGCCUUUGUGGAGUCCCUCGAGUUCAUCUAA